GACAAAGCCUUGGCUGGGAAGAUGGAGCUGGGGAUGAUCCUGCUUGGAGUAGAGGGUUGGACAAGGUGUGACCUCCCGAGGUCCCUUCGACCCUUGUUCUCUAUGACGGCGAUGCGCAAUCCCCGGUUCACACCUGGCUCGUGGAACUGGGGCUUGUAACGUUCGAUCCCAUCCCCGAGUGGCAGUGACGUGACAUGAAUCAUGUGCCCAAGCAAAGUGUGCAUUCAUUUACAACAACACCUGGGCACGUGGUGCAGACCAGUGCGCCCUGGUCUCAAUCACAUUGCUCCUGUGUGGUUGAUCCCCUGGGGUUCGAUCUCGAUGUGAUGCUGCCCCUCGGUCGUUGAAAAGCAGGUGUCUUGGCAGGUCUAAUGAGUCAAUUGGAGACCCAGUUUGCGUGCGCACAGGUCCUGAUCCAAUCAUUUGUGUCUGUUUUUUGGGGGUCCGGUAUCAGCAAUAGGUUCCUGGGGCAGAGAUGGGCCCCACCAGGUCCCUGCCCAAAAAGGCACCAGUGACACAAGGCAACUCAACUCGCCUAGGAGGGUUGUUACAGCAUCUAUGGUGCCCCAAUGUCACUGCAGCCUCGGGGCUGAUUUGACUUGAUCAAGAAUCAGUAGAGUUCCUUUCUUGAAGCGGGGCGACGGGGUAGACGUGCGGGGAUCAGGACUCUGUGAGAGUCAGUACGUAGGGUACCAUGCUGUCUGAUGGUUGGUUAACUUCAUUUAGGACCAGCUUCCCCCAGGGUUACAGUUUCUUCUCCCACUUGGUUCCUGCCUCAUUCAUGAUUUGCUUUAUUUUUGGGGUCCGGUGCCAUUAUCUCCAUCUCUUGAGGUCCCGGUGAUUACAGCCUGUAUCCAAGCUUGGGUUAGAUGCCAUUUAAUGCUAGACAAAUGAUAUUCCCAGGCUUUGCAGGAGAGUCCAAUGGUUUCUUUGCAGGGAGUGGAUACACUCAUCGCUCUGGUCUGAAUCCUGGCUGCAUUAGAGAAAAGCGAAGGAGCCCCCCCCAAGCCGCACCUUGGGGAUGGUUUGUUCUCCCUUACGGGCGGGCUAAGUUUUCUUCAUCAGAAAAUGCUAACAUGGGUGCAGAGGUGGUUUUAACUUGUUCACAGUUCAUGUGUCCUCCUCUGUUUGUUCCCAUUUCAGAGACUUUUCAGGAGGCCACACGCGGGUUGGGGGGAAAGGAUCUGGACAGUUUGGAUCAGUGGCCAGAACGAAAUUGGAUGCAAUUCAACAAAGAUAAAUACCACCCAGGGGGCAGGCUGCUGCCAGCGCACCCAGUGCACAAGCCGUUGGGGAGCAAGAGAACAGGCCCCAAGCUGGGGUGAAGCCUCCCCCAGUGGAUAAAAUGGCUUCUGAGCUGGGCUCGACGCCAGCCCUGGGAUUCCCGUUCCAGGCACUGGUGCAGCCCCUGGUUAAAAAAGAGGAGCAGGACCCAGCAGGCCCCGUGGUGACAGACAAAGUCCCUUGUUUCAUCCCAGCCAGGAACAGCGAGGAGUCCCUGACACUGGUGCCUCCACUUCAGGUGAAACAGGAGCCACAGGAGGAGCCGGUCCAGCGUUGGGAGGUGCUCCAGGCCCCGCUAUUCCCUGCUGAAGCUGCACCAGCCCUGCUGACCCCGCAACAGCUGGAGGUGGCUCCCAGGGACGAUGCCCCAACGCUGGAGACACGGCGCCGGUGCUUCCGAGGCUUCCGUUCCCAGGAGGCUAUGAGCCCACGGGAGUUUUGUGGCCACCUGCGGGAGCUCUGCCAGCGCUGGCUGGAGCCCCAGCACCGCAGCAAGGAGCAGAUCCUGGAGCUGGUGGUGCUGGAGCAGUUCCUGGCUGUCCUGCCCCAGGAGAUGCAGAGCUGGGUGUGGGGGCGCGGUGUGGAGACCUGUGCGGAGGCCGUGGCCCUAGUUGAGGGGUUUCAGCUGGGGCAGGCAGAGAAGGAGAAGCUGCAGGUCACGGUGCACGUGAAGCUGGAGGAGGUGGCCUCAGACAAUAUGAUGCCUACAGGGGCAUUGUGGGAACCUCUUGACUCCUGGCUGCAGCGGUCAGAGCCCCAGCCUGUGCCGGAGGCAGGAUGGGGUGAAAGCCUGGGGCCCCAGAGUGAGCUGCCUCCUGUCCCCAAAGAGGAACCCCCACCCCGCGAGGAGUCAGUCAGAGGCGGCGGGACCUUGCGAACAAGCAACAAGGAUCCACUCAGUGAAGCAGGUGGUGGCCUGGAGAUACCCAGCAGCGUGGCACGUGGCGAGGCACCCAGCAUGCAGCAGCAAGAUACUUGGCAACCAGGAGCCUACGGUAAGAUCUACAGGGCUGGCAGUGGCGGGGAAGCCCUCGGUAUCGUCUUGGCGGAUCAUGUCCAAAAAAGAGAACGGAGCGGUGUACGGGGGAAGAUGCUGAAGGGAAUGAGGCGCAGCUAUGACAGGAACUUUAAGAUGAUGGUCAUCAAUUACGCCGAGAAAACGAACAACUGCGAGGCGGGGAGGAUCUACAGCGUGACCGAAGCCAACGUGCGUCGAUGGAGGCAGCUAAAAGGCAAACUCAAGACAGCCAAGUCCACGCGGCGGUCGUUCAGUGGUCCGAAGAAGGGCCGCUUUCCCGAAAUCGAGAAGCAGGUGCUGAACUAUGUUCAGAGGCAGAGGAGCGAGGGCGUGCGUGUCACCUGUGAAAUGCUGAGGCUCCAGGCAUUAGAAAUAGCAAAGGAAUUAAAUAUCCCACAGCACGAUUUCAAGGCAAGCAACGGGUGGUGCAUCCGCAUGAUGCGACGCAGUGGCUUAGCCCUGCGACAGAGAACACCACUGGCCCAGCAACUACCGUCAGGCUGCAGCGAGAAACUUUAACUCCAGCGGUACAGUUUUGGGCUGUAUAAGACUCAUAAUUACUGAUUGGGCCCAAUGGUUGGUGCUGAUGAGACUCCAGUCUAUUUUGAUACACAGCGGAUCAUCACCGUCAAUGAGAGAGGCGCAAACUCCCUCGUUUUGAGAUGCAUAGGAAACAUGAAGUCACAAAUGACAGUGAUGUCAGUGGCAUUAAUGGAUGGCAGAUAAUUGCCACCCUGUAAUUUUGUAUUCUAUUUUUUUUGAAAGGGGAAAAACUCUGCCCGACAGGGCCUGCCAAACUGGGGGUACUUCCCUAGGGAGACUGGAGGGACUUUGGCCUCACUGGGUUUAAACCCAUCGUCAAAUGUCUUUCUUGACUAGGAGCUGAAGCAUUGGGCAUCAUCUAUUUACUGCUGCCCCUUCAGCCCAUCGUUUUCUCACUGUUGCAGUUAGUUAUAUAUUUUUCCCCCAGUAUUUAUGUCCAAAACAAUAUUGAGGUUUUCCCUUGCCCUGUUUUAAGGAGCAUCUUGUUACAAAAAUGUUGCAAUGGGGGGUCAGACUCCCACCCCUGGGGCUCAGACAGCUGGGAGAAGGGCCCUACAGCUGCUCCCCUUGCUGCUUGGGACAGAGGUGUAACAGCUGGGACUUCUUGCAGGGUCCUAUUCUUGCAGGGGAGGGGGCUCUGGAUGCUAUCCCCAACUGCAAGGAGGGAAAUAAAAGGGUAAGAACUUCCUCUCUGCUGAAAAUGCAAUUAAAAAGGACCUCGUUUUUA